AGCUAUUGUGACCUUCCCGACAAUGGUACCCGGCUAGGCCUGGGCAUGGCGAGAGAUUUCCUCUUCCUCGACUCAUCUCCCGUCCUCUUUUCCUAUUCUCCAUCGUUCUUCCUAUUGUCCAUCUUUUCGUCUAUUGAUACUAUUGUCGAGCGAGGAGACUUGCUGCCCCGCGGCGUGGGGUUCUCCCUUCUUCAACCCUCCAUCCUUUUCUUCCUACCUCUGCUCUUGAUACUCAACGCUCGACGCGCUCUUGACUGCCGGCCAGCUCACCUACCAAAUUCUACCAGCUCCUUCAGCAAUCCUACUUCCACUCAACAUCUCAGAAAUGGCCCUCCUUUCGGUCCACCAACUGGCCGGUCCAGGCUACAUAAUCCUCAAUGUCAUGCGCGCUCUGAACAUCAUCACCCUCUCGUCCGUCGUCGCAAGCAGCAUCGUCAUGCUGGUGAAGACGUUCAUCGUGUCCAAGUUCUUCUUCUUUGAUGCAACAAGCCACGUCGUUACCGGCCUCGUUGGCAUGUUCCUCGUCGUUUCUGAAUGCUCGCUCUUCCGCGGCUACUUUGCGCGAAACUGGCCCCUGCUCAGCCCCAGUCAUGGCUUCGUCGCUUUGGGAUGCGCCAUGAUGGUGCUUGGUCUAAACAUGCUCGGCAACAUGAACAAGGAGGCUACCAGCCAGGAGUCGCUGGGCAUGCCAUUUUGGCGAUUGCUUGUUGCUUCAGGCAUUCUGGCUAUCGUCAUUGGCUUCUUCAACGUUGUUGCUAGCUUCGUCUUUCGCGACAGGAAGCGUCACAUCACCGCGCGCAACGUUCGCUCUAAAGGUGCCAUCAGCCUCGCCGAAAGAUACGAUAUUGAAUGCGACCCCAAGCACAAAGCCUUCACCAUCAACACCCACUACACCGGCUCCACGUCCCGAACCGGCAGCCCAAUGCGAAUGGGUACGCCGCCUGUCGACAUGGGCUCCCCACAACACACUGUCUCCCCAACCAAAGGGAACCGCUUCUCGCAAUUUGACUUCAGCCCUCUGCGAGCGCUCCGCAACGCGCGGCAGUCCGUCCUGCCGUCCUAUCACAGCACUUCACCGACAAAGAAGAGAUCAUCGUCGAUCUACUCACGGUCAACAUCCGGCCACACGAAGCGCAGCUUUUGGCUAAAGCGACGAGACAGCGACGUCCCGCAUGUGCCGGAGAUCUCGGCGCCGUUGAACGUGAACCCGCAGUUUGCGCAUCUCGUGAAGCCGAAUCUGGCACAUCACCCGAGCCAACGAAGACCCGAAGCGGACAUCACGGACAAGAUCUAGGCGGGCGUCACGGAUGAGAGAGAAAGAUGAGGAGACAUGUAUACCACGUACCAUGAUGAUA